AUGGCUGGCCUUAGUGAUUCUCAACUCCAAUUCUUCAACGAAAACGGCUACCUCGUGAUCCCCGACUACCUGGCCCCGGAGCAGAUUUCCUCGCUCAUAUCCGAAACAAACUCCCUCCUCUCCUCCUUCGACCUCUCCACCCACCCACUAACCCAAUUCACAACGGGCGACGAUGCUCAAAACCCCGAAAAGCCACACGUCGGCGACGACUACUUCCUAACCUCGGGCGACAAAGUGCGCUUCUUCUUCGAGCCCGACGCCAUCACCACCGACCCCAGCAGUGGGAAAGCAACCCUCGCCCGGUCGAAAGAAACAGCCGUGAAUAAGAUCGGACAUGCACUGCAUGCUCUGUCUGAACCCUUUGAGGCCGUGACGCUCUCUGAGCGGAAUGCGGGGAUUGCUCGGAGUCUCGGGUUUAGGGACCCUCGUGUCUUGCAGAGUAUGGUUAUCCUUAAACAGCCGGGGAUCGGGGGUGCGGUGCCGCCGCAUCGAGACUCGGAAUUUCUGUAUACGGAUGCGCCGAGUGCGGUUGGGUGGUGGGUUGCGUUGCAGGAUGCUGGUGUGGGCAAUGCGACCUUGGGGAUGUAUAAGGGGUCGCAUCGGAAGAGGAGUGGGGGGAUUAGUCGGCGGUUUGUGAGGAGGGUUAAUAAGGAUGGAGAAGCUUGUGGGACGGAGUUUGUUGCGAAUGAGGGAGCAAAGUUUCCUGUUGGCUUGGAGGUUGAGGAGGAUGAUAGGGAAGGGGAGGUGGAGGUUUUGGAUGUCAAGGCGGGUUCGCUGGUUCUGAUUCAUGGGAAUGUGUUGCAUAAGAGUCAGAAGAAUACGGGGGAUAAGAGUCGGUUCGCCUAUACGUUCCAUGUUAUUGAGGGGGCGGAGGGGUGGGAGUAUGAUGAGCGGAACUGGUUGCAGCCGCCGGAGAGCGGGGAGGGGUUUUCCAAGCUAUACAAGUAA